AUAUUGCGGGUUUUUUUUUUUUUUUGGUAACUUUUGAUAAAAAUCACCUUAUAAAAUUGAGAUUUUGCGAGAAACAAUUACCUUGUAUAAAAAUUUAAUUAACUACCUCUUAAAGCACUUAAUUUGCUGUUGAUCUGAAGGUUGGAAUUAACCCAGAAAGAGAAAAUUUCAAACUGAAUGAUAAAGUUGAAAUUUUGAAUUUCUGUGUUGUUAAUGUUCAUUGUAACAUUUUUAAUUCGAAUUUUUUGCUUGAUGUAAUGAUGUAUGAAAUUAAUCCCAUUCUAAAUUAAAAUUGAACUAUCAACUCUUCGGUAAAAUUGAAAUUUUGUUGCAUGUCUUCGAUUUGUAAGUCCAGAAGAGGGUGCUGAGAAUUGGAUUGCAUGUGAAUUUAUAUACUUUUGACAGGAUUGUUGGUUAUUUCUUGCCAAGCUUUGCUAUUUGGGUUUGCUUUUUUCGGGUUUAUUGAUGACAUAUUGACAUGUGUGUUGAUCGAAUUCAGAUUGUGCAAUUGUUGUUUUGAAUUCGAGUUUUUUUGUUGAUGGGACAUUCUCUGGUGUGGGAUGAAACACGCGAAUAACAGUGUAGCUGUGUGAGUAAGCAUUGCCUCUAUGUUGGUAUUAAGUGUGCAACUACUGGUCAUAAUUCUAGCAAAUUUAGAGUAUAUGAUUUUCCAAGUUAUUUAUCUUUGGUAACUAUUAUUGGUUCAUCUAUUAAAAGCAGUAUUUCCAACCUAUUUAGACCAAUUAGUAUGAUCAACCUAAAGUGUAAUGAUGUGGAGAUUGUAUUCUGGCACUUUGAUAAGAAUUGCUGUUGCUAGGCCAGUGACCUGUUAUGUGACCAGUAAACUAUUUUUGUGCCCUCUUUGCUAUCGAUGGCUUACUGAAAUUUAUGUUGUGAUGCAAGGCAGGAGUUUUGUUGUCUAGUUUGGGAUAAAUACUAUCAAUAUCAAUUAAAUGCAUGCCUUGAGAAAAAUAGAGAUUGAUGACUAUUGGUUGUUUGACUUUUUUCACUCUAUGUGAAAGUAGUAACGGGGUGCAAAUUUUCUCUGUAGGGGAAUUUGAGAGAACACACAUUGGUUGUUUUCCUGAACUAGGAUUUCUGUCUAUUGAUGCGGUGAUGGUGAAGCGGGAUCCCUAUUAUUACCACCUGCCUGAUUUGCUGCCCCUGAAGCAUGUUUUUCAGGGAUUUCAAGAUUCCUGGCUCCUCCAUGUAAAUGUCACUCGAUUGAAAAUUUCUCCAGAUUUUAAUAACAAUGCAAAAUUUUGUCAGAACUUGUCUGAAAUCAAUAGUAACAAACAGAAUCAAGGCUCGAAAGCUACUUUGCAGGGUGCAGCACCAAUAUCAACUGCUUACCCUUCGAGGAAGAAAAAAAGGAGGAAAAGAAAACCCAAUGUGAAGACAUUUCCUAAAAGAUUUAGUCAUGAAAGACUUGAUCAAGAGGCAAAAGGAAACAUUUCCAGUGAGGUAGAGAGAAAACGGAGUGGUCUACAACAAGUACUGCAUCAGAGUAAUGCAUCAGAUUUCAAUGCUACAGCUGAAAGUCCUCAUGGAAGCUUAUCUGAAGCGGUAUCAGUCUCCGGUAUCAUUGAUAAGUACUUCAUAAAUUUUAUUGAUAUUGAUCACAAUGGAAGCUCUUCCAGCUCAGUAGUUGCCACAAGAACUGGAAAAUGUGAUACAGAGAAAAUUUCCUUUGGUAAGAAAUGCUCCAACAAGCGAAAUUCUGUAAUAAAAUGCCAGAGAUUCUUGCCCUCACUUUUGCCAGAAGACUCAAAUUCUGCUAGCCUUAAAAGCAAUUAUGAAAGAUCUGAGGUUGGUAAACGUUUAGUAGUGGCCUCAAAUAAUCUUGGGAGUUUUCAAAGAUUCUCUUUGUCCAAGGCCAAAAAGUUCUGGAAUUCAGAUGAUGGGUCAAUUAUUCGAAGUUUGAUUUUUGAAAUGAACACCAAUGACUGAAAGCAUCUAAAGGAGAUAUUUCUGCAAUAUGGUGGACCUGCUAUUGCAAUUUUGUGAUGUACCAGCAAUAGCCUAAUGGCAUUUAUUUUGCUUAUGCUACUUAUAGAGACGGCUAAACCGUAGUUACAACUUUGAUGGGAGAAGCAACCUUUUGGUCCUUGCUUUGUAGGAUUUCUUUAGUGUCUGGAAUGCACAAAUUUAGAGGAAACUGCGAUGCAACGAACUGCAGCUUCUUGAAGAGAAUUUGAGCUUUUUGUGUGGUAUACUUUAUUUGAUUGAUUAAAUUGUACCAGUCCAAACAAGAUGUGCUUCGUUGCAGCCAUCUGCAAUGCUUUCUAAGAAGAAUGACUUGAGGGCAUUGAUUUUUGACAUAGCUGGUUGGAAAAAGUGAAGCAAGAAUUGGAGCUGAACUCGGUAGCUGAAAAGGUGUUUAUAUUUUGAUCAUUGACAGAAUUUUGUGCUAGGGACCUGUGUAAUGCUUGAGUCUAUAGUGACUCUUUGGAAGUUAACUGUGUUCGCUGGUUCAAUCUUCAGUCUCAGACUCUCAGUACUUGAGUUUGUUUCUCCUAUUCAACAAAUGCAUAGAAUUAAGAGAAAUGACAACUUUUGUAGCCUCAGAAUUGUAUCCCCUCCCCCCCCCCCUCUCUUUCUGUGGGUGUGUGAGUGUGUGAUGGGUUGAAGCAUGUUUGUUUCUGUUGUAUAUUACUACUAUAUAUUAAGAAUAUGCCCACUUAAUUGAGCAUUUGUUAGGUCA